AGCAGGAGUUACUGCACACUGCGGUGCAAGACGGGCUCGGGUUCGGUUCGCCAAAAUGUGUUGCUUAUGAAGACUUGGUCGAUGAACCUCUGCGUAAAACCUGCUUUUUCGACCGCUCGACAGCUAAAAACCUCAAAAAUCCCAUCGAGCAGAGAAACAGCUCACCGACAGACGCAACCAAACCCGUUGGCACCCGUUGAGGGUGGAGAGGGCAGAGCUGGCGAAACUGAUUGGUUUUCGAUUUUAACGAAGAGCCGCCUUAUUUGACUCAGAACCGACUCGGUUUUUUCCCAGGAGAGAAAAGCAAGUUUGUUUGCGAGAACGCUGUCACCAGCGGUGGGGGACUGACUGGGUGGACACUGGUGCACGGAGGGGGUGGUGUUUGUUUGGUAGGGGGGGUAACAAUCUGCGCGAACCUGGCCCUUUAAAUUACCUCCACUAUCACUGUAGACGAGACAAGUGAAGUUGCCUGCAGGUCCCUGAGCCAGCUUAAGUCUCCAGCCUCUCCAGCAUCCAGAAUUUUCUCCUUUUACGUGGCACGAUAACCGAUGGCAGAGAAUGUCGACGACUAAUAACAUAGCCCAGGCAAGGAAGCUGGUGGAGCAGCUGAGGAUCGAGGCAGGCUUCGAGCGUAUUAAGGUGUCUAAGGCUGCUGCAGACCUGAUGAGUUACUGUGAGCAGCAUGCCCGCAGUGACCCUCUGCUGGUGGGGGUUCCCACCUCCGAGAAUCCUUUCAAAGACAAGAAGCCUUGCAUUAUUCUAUAGCCACUCUGUCUAGGCCAGCUCUCCCAGUCCCAGUCUAACCGCUGCCCAUCCCCAGUCAAUGGGCAAUUCAGUCCAACUCUUCUUUUUACCUGGGACCCACAGUAUUUUCCAGAAAAUAAAAUGCCACAACUCUCUCGGUAAAAUUAAAAAGGGGCGAUAUCUGAAUACUUAGCGUCAUGUAGCCCGGCGUUGAGUGAAUCUAUAUGAAUGAAUCUGCACAGCACGCCUGUCUAAAUUCAUGCAUAUAGACGUACUUAACUGGAGGUGGCAGAUUUCGAAUUUCAGCAAACUAUUUCAAAAGAUUACACCGAGAGAUACUCCAGCAUGUUUUUCAGUGCAGCAGCUGACCUUGUUACCAUAGGUGAUGGUGGAGAGUAGAGGAAGACAGUCAUGAUUAUGCCGACUGACUAGCUGGCUAGCCCAGUCACACUGUGGUAAACGCUUGUUCGGUAUCAACCCUGCAUUGUUAUGUCGAAUCUGCAAGCUAAAGGUUCAUCUUAGAUUUGUAUGGCCAAAAUUAAAUCCAGGUAUGCUUACCUUUAUUAAAACAGCACAUUUCAUGUUUUACAAAGGGAUUCAAGACAUUAACCAGAGUUGCCACUAUUUUUACUUUUUCUCUCUCUCUCUUCUCAGUGGUUUGUGAGCUGUAGUUUUUCUUUUCAUCGAUUAAAAAAAAGACUCAUUAGGCUUAAUGCUUUGUUUUGUUUUUCUAGUCUUUAUACUAUAUUUCAGAAUCCUCAAACAUUGAGUUAUAAAGGAAUAAUUUUAUACAACACUGAAAAUAUGGGGGUGGUGUUAGCGCAGUGGAUAAGACACACGUCUGUGGUGUGGGAGACCCGGGUUCGAAUCCACUGUGAGACACCAAUGUGUCCCUGAGCAAGACACUUAACCCCUCAUUGCUCCAGAGGCGUGCGACCUCUGACAUAUACAGCAAUUGUAAGUCGCUUUGGAUAAAAGCGUCAGCUAAAUGAAUAAAUGUAAAUGUAAAUGUAAAUAUAUUUACCUAAAAAUAUCUUUCUCAGUCCCCUCAUAAAGUGCAGUUCGGUAUGAAAAAAAAUGAGGCGUAUUAUUUGAGGUAUUAAUAAAACAAAAACAAAAAAACAACAACAUUUGAGGUAUCAAAUAUAUGAAAUCAUUAUGAAUAUUUAUCAUCUUAAUAUAGCAGAGGCUCGGACACGCCCCAUAAAAUUGAGUCAUUUUAAAGUCAGAGCCCUUGCAAAGGCCAAUUUUAUUAUUUUAUUUUUUUCUCUGAAACCAAACUUGAUUGUAAAAUCCAUACAGAAGGAAAAAAAAAUGUAUAAACUUUCUUUUGGAUAUGUUCAGAGGUGUUAACUUUGAGAAUAGCUGUUUGGAUUUGUUUGUUCCAAUUUCUUCUUUCUAUGGAAACAUGGAAUCUGGUCAUUGAGUAUGAAACUGUACAGUGUUUGAUAACUAAAGCGCAUUCUUUCUUUUUUCUUUUUUUUUUGUGUGGAUGUUUUAUCUUUUUGUAAUCUUUGUGUAAUAUUUCCGUUUCUUCCAUCAUUCAUAUUUAACCAUUCAGUUUGUCCUCUUUAAGGCGAGGCAAAAGAUGCGAGCGAAGGAAUUGAUGGAUGGCUCCAGCGCUUGUACAUGUGACUGGGUGACCUGCUCCCUGCGAGGGAAUGUGGAAUGGAUUGUUGACACAAUGCCCACGCAAGGUGCUUAAGGCGUUGUUCGAGGCACGUUUCACGAGGUGGUCUGUGUUGUUAAGUCUAUCUAAAGGGCAGGAUGUGCUGUGUUGUGCAACAGGCCCUCAGCCUGAGCAGUCACAUGCAAAAGAUGAGGGGCAAGGUCAAGCCACAACUCUGAAUGUCCCAUGUGCACCCAGCACAUGAUGCACAAUCUUUUGGAGUGAUGGUUUUGUCUCCAAACAGUCACUCACAGUAUUCAGCUGAGUGCUAAAAACAGAAUUCCCCCAUUGUCCUACUUCCAAUGCUGGAAAAUAUGGACUCGUAGUGGGACAGAGGGGGCCUGUGCUCCUCGCGGCCAAUGGGAUGCUGUCAUCAGCUCCUGUAUUAAGAAUGACUAAGACCUGUGGGGGUCACGAGUGCCCUGACUCAUCCAGCGAUCGACAAAAUCACGCUGCUGCCCAUCAGUGGACAAAGCUGCUCCAGCGACAUCACUUCCUGUUAAGCCUGAGCAGUGUAGUGGCUUAUUCAUUUCAAAAUAACUGAAGAAAGAUGGACAAUUCAAGAGAUAAAGAACCGUAUUCUAUAAAAAAAAGAAAGGAUUAUGUUUGAAUCCAUGCAACUGUUAAGUUAGAAACUCUCACUUUUUCCAUCGCAAAGGAAGAGUCACUUAGUAGUCCACAUUAGGAUGAAGCCUUUCUGGAUACGUGCGAAGUGCUCAAAUGCGCCAAGCUAGUGCUAAAAUAAAGCUAGCACUACAAACGUUUUUUGACCAGCUAACAAACAAACUUGCUGUACCAGGUUUGAUGGUAUUACACUGGGGCAAACACUGUGAAAGUCAGCUAAGCUAAGUUUAAGCUUGAGUUCUCCACCUUCUUGACUCACGGUGUUGGGAUACACUGUGCUCCAAAGUAUAGCGUUUACCCGAAGUAUGCUAAAAUCUGCCCCGCUCUUGGGUUUAAUUAGACUCCGCAGUCAUUUCAUGGUGAGUGAGACCUGUUGUCAGGACGAGGGAGUGUGUCCGUUUCUAAUUCGCGCAGCGAGAACACUGAGGAGGCCGUGAUACCUUAACCUCAAUUCCUCGUUCCCAAACGUUGUUCGACUUCAGACACCAUUGAGCUCUUUCAUGACCAUGAGAGGUGAGAUUUAGGCUUUGUGUGGGUAAUAUCUGUAGCUGAGUCCUUAGCCAGUAGAUUUCAAUCUCAGCCUGUGCCAUUACUUUGUGUUUUUUCCUGUGUAUGCAUAUGUAUCUUUCUGCCUUGAUUAUGAAGAAAUAUAUCUAUUUUUUGUAAUUGUUCUUCUCGGAUGUGCCAUAAAUCAUGUUUUCUUGCACACUGUUAAUAUUUUGUGGAUAUUGCUGUUUAAAAAUGAUGAUAUCGGAAAAAGUAGAUGAAAUAAAAUAAAGACAAAAUGUUACUCUGCAA